AUGAGCUUAAUUGUCUAUGGAGAUAAAAUUGACGAUGAAAACAACGAGAGUGUGGUUCUACAGGAUCCUAGCUCUCGAUCACUUGUAGUCAUGAACCAAGAGUCUGGAGAGAUAUCUUUGUUGCGGCAAAUAAGGGGUCCUCAAAAUGGCUCACGACGCAAGGGCGGCACCGGGUUGAUAUCGUCGUACUUCUGCCCUCAAUGCGGCAGCGAAAUAGGUUGCGGUUAUAACUUCGCAUCAUCCCCCCCAAGCACAAAGAAACCAUCGGGCUCAUUUGUUCACAAGAACUACUUCAAUCUUUUAGAGCACAGAAGCUCUCAAACGCAGCUCCCCAGUAUCGAAUCGCCUUCGGCAAUCCCUGCCUCACUUUUUACCCCUGGCUACUAUCAGCGGUUUUUCAAAGAACUUUCAUUACUAGGGAGUGGUGCUCGCGGAUCAGUCUUCAAGGUCGAGCAUGUAUUGAUGGACAACCAUUUGGGGGUUUACGCCCUGAAAAAGAUCCACAUUGGAAACAACCUCUCCUGGCUGGAGAGAGGCAUGAAGGAAGUCAAGUUUUUGAGUGCUUUGACCCACAGCAGCGUCAAUCUCAUUACAUACAAUCACGUCUGGCUUGAAAUGGACAACGCGAGCGGCAUAGUCAAAGCACGCAAUGGUGAGGAAGUUGGACCACCAGAAAGCGUACCAUGUGUUUUUAUACUACAACAGUUUUGUUGCGGUGGAAACCUUGAAGAAGUUGUACUGAAUAAAGUGUUCGAAAAGUUUACUGAUCAUGAGUCCCCCGAAGCCCGUAAGAGGAGGUUCAGGUUGAGAAGAAGCGCAAAUGCCCACGGUUCAAGACAACUCGGACUUGGCACAAACCAAAUACUCUCUAUUAUUCAUGAUGUUGCGUCGGGGCUCAAAGAACUCCACGACCUGAACAUUAUCCAUCGUGACCUAAAACCUUCAAAUUGUCUACUGCUUGAAAGUUACGAGGCUGGAAAGGAAGGCUACGGUGACAAAAGCUUUCCCACAGUAGUAAUUAGCGAUUUUGGUGAAAGCCAGCUCGGGGGGCAGCCGCGAUCAGCCACUGGAGCGACCGGAACCUUAGAAUUUACUGCUCCCGAAGUUGUCAUAACAAACUCUGAAAACUUGAGUGCUAAUUUGCCUCAAUUCAGCUUUCAAUCGGAUAUGUACUCACUGGGGAUGGUGUGCUAUUUCCUGGUUUUUGGGGAACUUCCUUUUGGAUGUCAACAAAGUCUUCCAGAGCUUAAAAAGAACAUCAAGCUGCUAUCAAUAACCAAAGAGGGACUCUCACAGAAACAUGAUGACAUGAAACUUCAUCCUAUCGACUCUGCUAUAUUCGUCCUCAUUGAAAAGCUCUUGAGUCGUGAUGCUCUUUCACGCCCCACUGCAGGCGAAGUUAAAGCAGAAAUCGCUGAAAUCAUGGAUCGCCUGGAUGACUGCGUAUCUGCGACAUUUGACGAAAAGCAAGAGCUUUUAUCAGACGAUGAAAGCGAGCUUCAGUCAAUUUUCGGCCGACAACCGGAGGAGAUUUCCGCAAAAAGUGGACCGUCCUGCAGUGCAAUCAUUGAUUUGGCCAACGUUGCAACUGUCUUGAUCGCAAUUUGCUUCUUUAAUGAGAAGUCGCUCAUUCCAUGCGUAUGCGUCGCACUUCUAGCUCUGUCCUUGAAAGUCCCGCCACCAGCCCGUAAACUUUUCCUCAUUACUGAGCUGACACUUCUCAUUGUUGCGCAUUUAGCAAUAUAG